AUGGGAAAAUUGUGGAACUUAAUUAAAAGUCAGCUUCUUAUUCUGCUAAUGAGUUUGCUUUUAAUUCUUCAGUGCAUAUUUGGUUCUGAAGAAUACUACUACUUGUUUUUGGUGUUAUUAUUGUAAAUUACUCGUAUGGCAUGGGAGUAUUUAGGGGCAUCAUAAUUUUAAAUGGUACUAAUCAUUUAAUAUUUGGGAUACAUGACAAUUCUGUAUUUAAGUAGUAACAAAGAUGUGUUAUCAUGCAUGUGUGUCAUGUAAAUAGGAUAGACUUUAUUGUUUGAGAAUGAAUUCAAGAAGAAAUGGCUAAUAAUAUUGUUCUCAGUAGGAGCAGAUCUUCUUGUACUUCUUUUGUUCAUGAAUAAUCAUAUUAGUCAAAUUUAUUUACCUUGUAUAUCAAUAGUAAUAAAGACUUUGACAUAAUUGAUUAACCAACCUUAAUAAAAUGGAAACUUUAACUUCAAUUAAGAAAAUUUCUUUGUGGAUAGUAAUCAUCAUUCUACUUAUAAAAUAACUAAAGAUCGUAAUUGUCAUUCUGAAAGUUAACCUCCAACUCCAAAAAAUGAUUUUUACUAAGUGGAAUUGCUUAGCUUUUUUCCUUAGGGGAUUGCACUGGUUGGAUUAAAUGAUGAUGUCUAGUUUUGUAAUGAGAAUAUGAAAAAGAUAUUUGUUUAAGAAGAUAGUCAAUAAUCAAUUCUAUAAGCAAUAUAUAAGUUGGAGGAAUAAUAGAUAGUAGAAUAAGCAGAAAAAUAAUCAAUGGAAUAAUAACCACCAAAAUAAUCAAUGAGUUCAUUUUCAACAUUUCAACCUGUACCUAUACAAAAAACUUUAUUUAUGAGUGCAGCGAGAUCUUAAAAUAAAUAAUCAGGAACAGUUAUAUAAUAAAAAUUAAAAGAAAUGCCAUUACCAAGAGCUAAGACACAGUCAAAAAAAGAGACAAUAAAAAUAUAGGAUACAUUUAUUUCUGAUUGUUGUGUAAAUGAUUAUUAAUAUUAUUUAGAUAAUUGAUUAAGAGAUUCAAUAUAUGAAGAAGUAGAUUUAAAAAAAAGAAGUUUAGAAUUUAAUGAAAAAUACANUAUUUAAAAAAUGA